AUGAACAUUGCCACACUUGAUGAUACGGGAGGAACAACUAGAAUCAAUGAGGCGGCCGCUGGUCCCUCGACUUCAUCACUUUUCACGAAUCUGAUGCUUGGUCAGCAGCCAUCAUCAUCAUCCAGCACAAUCAUCCUACAGUGCGCAGUGUGUGGCAUUGUAGGGAACCAAUUACAAAAAUGUUUUUUCUGUGGAUCAGUCGCGUAUUGCUCCAAGGAGCAUCAGCAACUCGAUUGGGACACCCACAAAAUGAUGUGCAAGGAGAAGCAAACUAGCGGAACGGUGCCGAGUAAUCUGAUGCCUCACUCGACACCUGCCGCCCUUGCACCGCUACCGCCGACUGUUAAAUUUAAUGAUCCGGCACUGACGACAUCACUUCUUCUGUCACUUCAGCAUAAUCCUAUCCUUAAUCAGACGGUUUCAAAUUUCCAGCCAACGUUUUCAAUAGUUACCAAGUCUGAACCGGAAUCCCAAUUAUUUCCAAAUCCACCAAGGAUAACAAAUAGUUCAGUGCCGUUUAAUAGUGAAGGCAGUGCUUUCAAGCCAUACCGAAGUACGCACGUCUUCAAUUCUUUGUCUUCUGAAUCCGUCUCUUCUAUGUGCACAUCUCAUGAAGCAUCUCUAGAACAUAUGUCAUCUGCAUCGCUGACGGUAUUCCCAACUACCAGUACAGCAUCAAAUGAUAUUAGUAAAUUAGCGCAAGUCCUUAGUCUAGCUGGCGACUCCUCUAAUGCUACAGUAACCAAACCAUCACCAACUGCAGACAAUCCAGAGCCAAUAGUUGUAGGAAAAGAGAAGAUAAUCGAGACGGAUGAUCCAGAUAUUCAGAUCAUUGAAACAGAAGGAUCCACAAAGGCGAAUAUGGCGAGGACUCGAAAAAGACCGACGCCAUCGAACUCUGCUGAUCCUAAAAUCAAUUAUAAGGAUCACAAUAAGAAUGUUGUUUAUUCAACGACACUACAAGAACACCAAAAGCAUCUCCAAAACCGAGGCCUGGCGUUGAAUAUUCAUCAAGCAAUGGUUCUCCGACUGAGAUAUAUCGCUGAGCAUGUGAUUCGAAGUCUCAACGAAUUCGGAUGGGCCGUUGUUGACAAUUUUCUGGGUUCGGAUCACUACAAAUACACAGCCAAAGAGAUCGAGAGACUGUAUGAAAGAGGAUUGUUCAGUCCCGGACAACUUAUGGAGGGGAAGAAUAAGGACGAGAAUCAUAUCAAGGAUAUUCGAUCUGAUCACAUUUAUUGGUACGAUGGAUGUGAUGGACGGGCUAAGGAUGCAGCGACCGUCAGACUCCUCGUCUCAAUGAUUGAUUCUGUAAUUCAACAUUUCAAAAAACGAAUCGAUCAUGAUAUUGGAGGACGGUCUCGUGCAAUGCUUGCGAUUUACCCUGGCAAUGGGACUCGAUAUGUGAAACAUGUGGACAAUCCCGUAAAGGAUGGAAGGUGUAUUACUACCAUCUAUUACUGUAAUGAGAACUGGAAUAUGUCUACUGAUGGAGGAACUCUUCGAUUGUACCCAGAGACCUCCAUGACUCCAAUGGAUAUCGAUCCGAGGGCAGAUCGACUUGUAUUCUUUUGGUCAGAUCGGAGGAAUCCACAUGAGGUUAUGCCAGUCUUCAGACAUAGAUUUGCUAUAACUAUUUGGUAUAUGGAUAAAUCCGAGAGGGAUCGUGCCUUAGCUCGAGGAAAAGAGGCAGAUGCCGCGUGUGCAGCAAAGAAAGAGAAUGAUCCUUCUCCUCCAAACUCUCAACUUGGAACUCCUGCAAGGCCUAGAAAGAAUCCAAGUAGCCAUGAUUUGUCGAAACUUGAUCUUCGACUAUUCCCAUCAACAUCCUCAGAUCCAACAUUGGUGUCAGCGGCGUCUGAUGAUAGAGUUGACAAUGAAUUCCAAUCGACGUCUUCUUUGGCUCAUCCAGAAUCGACAGACUCUGGUGUCUCCCUCUCCACCUUCCACGAACCUCACAACCACCAUCUGGAACGUACCAGUAGUCUCCAAUCGAUCUCAGACCACUUCCGUUCAGAACGAUCAAAUGAACGUCGUAGCUCAGGUAGCAGUGACCAAGAUCUGGAUGAUGGAUUACCACCGCCACCGCAGAAUAAUCCAGAAUACAUCAUCUGA